UUACAAGCCACGGUCGAACACAUAUUGUCAUCAGCCCAUAUUUUUGCAUACAUCAUUUCUGUUUGGGAUCGCCGCGACGCAAUGAUAUCACAGAUCAUGACAGACUUUCCAACGAAAUCUCAAGAAUAUCCAGCAUCCAUUGCGAGAAAAAUGCUAGACAAUCUGUCUAUGUACUUUUUAACUUUGCCAGUUGAAUCCCUAGCGACGGAUGUCUCAAGGGACAUCAGCCGCCACAGAGGCUUCAUCGAGCGCGCUUUACCUGUACUUUGCGCGUUGAACACUAUGAAAUUUACUGGUGCAGGGUCAUUUGAAGACGAGAUUGAUCUCUUCGACGUCGACUUUGAUGAUGAAUUCUUCAAGAAGAAAGUGCCUCAGAAAAUGCGCAAGCGUAAUCGCCCGAAAGCUCAUGCGGCUAUCGACACAUCACUCUUCGUGAGGCUUGGUGUGGUUGUGCCUCUCACGAGCAAGGCUGCCGCAUCAUUGUCUAUUCACAUUCUUGCAGGGCUGAAAAAUGCUCUCUCGUUCUACCUCUCGCUUCUCCGGAUGACGGAAUUGGCAGGCGACAUCAAAGCCUUACUCCUCCCAAAUGUGAAAGAGUCUGCAAAAGAUGUUGCGCCUGAAGUUUCGUUAACCGAGGAUGUCGAGAGCCCGACUGACCGACCCAAUACGUACCAAGUGGUGCAGCCUAUGGAGUCUGCGCUUUACUUCGACAACGCGGAUGAGUUCGGAGCGUGGCAAAUCCUCAUAUCUACGGAGGCUUACAAAAAGUUGCUUGAAUUCCGUAGAGCAAAUAAGGAGAUAUUCAAGAUCAUCUUCAAGCAGAUUAAACAACUAUCGAAGGGUCAUUUCUCCGAUGAUAACAACAAGCAGCUUAACGGGCCGGAUGCAGGCAUACCUAUCUACUAUGCUAAGAUGACUAGUGGCCUACGAUUAGUAUACCAGAUCGAUUGUGUCCCUGACCAGGAUGGAAAGUCCGAAACACAAGUGAUCAAGGUAUACGGCAUUUAUACGCAUGAUCGGAUUGGCAGAAUAUGGGAUGCCUUGGGUAACCAUCUCGCACGCAAGGGCACAGGAUAUCGUAAAAGAUGUAUCUUUCAGAAUAAACCAGUCCUUUCUACAGACAGAGCGAUUCUGCCUGCAUCAUUCCCACCAGCUAAACCAGAGCCAGAAUGUUCAAGAAGCCUACUUAGUCUUAGUAACAAGGACAUGGACUACCUUCACUCUUUGCUUGUUUUGGAGAAAUAUGUCACAUUCUCGCAAGCGUUCCUGCAUAGUCUCAUCGCAAACCAAGACGUACAACACGUCUUUAUACUUACACCUGAAGAACAAAGGAUUGUUGAGUGUACCACGUCAUGUUACGUCUUGGGUCGCAGCGGCACGGGAAAAACCACAACGAUGCUGUUUAAGAUUCUCGACAUUCAGCGAGCUUGGGAGAUGAGUGACGUUGACAUGCCGAAGCCACGCCAAAUCUUCGUAACCAAAUCCAGAGUGCUCGCCACGAAAGUGGAAGAGUAUUUCACGAAGCUUCUCGAAUCUCUGGCGUUAGCAGGCUAUACCCUGCAGGAACUUGCAAGAAUGAAGGCAAAAGACGUUCAGGAGGGCCUUGUUGAUCUUGACGACCUGCCCGAAUCACAGAAGAAUAUACCCAUGAAAUACAGCGAACUUGAGGAUCGACACUUUCCUCUUUUUGUAACUUUCGAUCAACUAGUGAAGAUGAUCGCGGCAGAUAUCUUGAGCAAGGAUGACCGAGGGCUUUUCUUCAAUAUUAACAAUGCUGAGGCGCAUGACAGUCUCGUCACCUAUGACGUAUUCGCAAAUCAGUACUGGCCUCAUUUUCCGCAGAAACUCACUAAGAAACUCAACCCGUGGUUGGUUUUCAGCGAAUUCAUGGGGGUGGUUAAAGGCUCCGGACACGCACUGAACUGUCCUGAAGGAGUUCUCGAUCGCCCAAACUACCUUGGUCUUCCUCAUCGUUCGAACCCAAAUUUUGCGAGUCAGAGGAAAAUCCUGUAUGACAUUUUCGAGCAUUAUACGAAAAUCAAGAGGCAGCGACGUCAUCAUGAUGUUGCAGACCGCACGCACGCGAUACUCAAAGUCCUGCAGGGCCGGGGGUUCCCCGGUCAGCAGGUCGAUUAUCUAUAUGUCGACGAAGCACAAGACAACCUCCUGAUCGACGCACUCUUGUUGAGGCAAUUGUGCAGGAAUCCAGACGGUUUAUUCUGGACUGGGGACACCGCACAGACAAUCUCUGCAGGGAGUUCCUUCAGGUUCGAUGAUCUGAAAGCGUUUCUCUACCAUGAGGAGCAGCGGAAUAUCAAUAUCUCGGUCAAUUCCGCUGGAGCAUGUCUUCAUCAACCUACGACAUUUCAAUUGGCGAUUAACUACAGAUCGCACGGUGGCAUCGUCAACUGCGCGCACUCUGUGAUCGAACUCAUCACAAAAUUUUGGCCCGACACAAUCGAUAACCUUCAGCCAGAAAAGGGGGUGGUUGACGGGUUGAAGCCUGUAUUUUUUACCGGUUGGGAUAAAGACACCGUUCGUUAUGAACAAUUCUUGUUUGGGGCGAGCGGUAGUCGCAUUGAGUUCGGAGCCCAGCAAUGCAUUCUCGUGCGUGACGAUGCAGCACGUCAAAAGCUACGAGACCAAGUUGGUGAAAUUGGACUGAUUAUGACCCUUAACGAGAGCAAAGGCCUGGAAUUCAAUGAUGUAUUGUUGUACAACUUUUUCGAGGAUUCUGUUGUAGAUCUGUCACGAUGGCGCAUAGUUCUCGAUGUGGUGGACAGUCAAGGACAUACAUCGAAGUUCGAUCGUGACAAGGCGCGAUACGCUGGGGUUUGUAGCGAGCUCAAAUUUCUUUAUGUGGGGAUCACUCGAGCAAGGAAGAACAUGUGGAUCGUUGACAAAUCAGAUAAAUCAGACCCGAUGCGUAUAUUCUGGACGUCUCGCAAUCAGGUCCAGAAUUGUACCCCUGGCACCAAUGUCCCUCAUCUAGCCGUCUCCUCGACUGCGGAAGAAUGGACAUCCUUCGGGCACUCACUAUUCUCGCACAAGAGCUACUCGCAGGCUAUCCACUGCUUCAAACGUGCUAACCUUCGUCGUGAAGUGAAGGUCUGUGAAGCAUAUCGACUGCGAGAAGUCGCACGUUCUAGUGUCGGAGUGGCCUCACUCGGCGACCAAAAAAAAGCUUUUAACGUGGCUGCCGGUGCCUUUACUGAUUGUGGGGCGACUGAGACAGGAAAUCAAAAGCUUCAGUAUUAUCGCAACUCGGCGGAUUGCUACAUUCGAGCAGGAGAUGAUCUUAAAGCUGCUGAGGCCUAUUUCAAUGCUCAAGAGUUCGAGCAAGCAACGAAGAGAUAUCGCAAGGCCAGACGGUUUGACAAGACCGUCCAUGUUCUUGAUGACCAUGGAGUAAAUAUAUUUGAAGAGAUGGCGAAGUUAUUCUCAAAUGAAAAGAGGCGUCAGUAAAUCACUUUUUUCCACAGAAAGUAGCAGAAAGUAGUACGAAAAUUGUGUUUACACAACAAGUUCUGCCAAAUCACAGCAAACAAUGGUUGCAGAGUAUACAUCG